AUGGAGAACUUUGUGCAGCGUGUCCAGGAUAUAUCCAUCGGCGGCAGAUAUCACCUCGUGCGCAAAUUGGGGUCUGGCUCUUUUGGCGACGUCUAUAUCGGGCGUGACGCCGAGACCGGCAAUGAGGUCGCCUUGAAACUCGAACAUUACAGCGUCGAGCCGUCUCUGCUCAGGGACGAAGUGUACAUCUAUCAAUCUCUGGCCGGAGAAGUCGGUUUUCCACAGGUGUACUGGCAUGGACAACAAGAUGACUAUACGGUUCUGGUCUUCGAACUGCUCGGCCCGAACUUGGAAGACGUGUUUCGAUUUUGUUGCAACCAGUUCUCCUUGAAGACGACGCUGAUGCUUGCUGAUCAACUGCUCCGUCGCCUGGAGACCCUUCAUUCAAACGAUUACCUCCACCGGGACAUCAAGCCUGAAAAUUUCCUUUUGGGCAUGGGUGAGCGGGGAAAUAUUAUCUACAUGACUGACUUAGGCCUUGCCAUCUACCGCCAUCCCGACGGGUGGAGCUCGAGUCGUGCUUCUGCUCGUGUUGUGGCAGCGCGCCCUCCUGAACUAUUGGGCACUUGUAGAUAUGCGAGCAUCAACGCGCAUUUGGGCAUUGCACAAUCCCGGCGCGAUGACCUGGAGGCACUAGGCUACAUGCUAGUGUAUUUCAUGCGUGGAAGACUCCCAUGGCAAGGCCUCAAGGCGAAAGGGGAUGCCAAAAAUCUGCUGGUUUUGGAGAAGAAGCAGGCGACCAGUGCCAACGAACUGUGUGCAGGCCUACCAACUGAGUUCGCGGACUACAUGAAUUAUGUGUACAACUUGCGCUAUGAAGAUCGGCCAGAUUAUCAAUCCCUUCGCAAGAUGUUCAAAGGUCUUUUCCACCGACAAGGGUUCGAGAAUGACAACGUCUUUGACUGGACGAUCCGAGAAUUCCAGAGGCUGGAGCCUGACGCCCAAGAGUCGCUCCCAUCGAAUAGCGUGGGUGACAGGCGAGGAGAGGACAGCACGAAGCCACCGGAUAAUGGAGCCCAGGAUGCGACCAAGGCGACUCAUCAAAAGAGGAGAUGA